AUGGAAGAAGGAAUCGCUCCUCCGCUGCACAACGAGCCUCCUCCGCUCCCCUACUCGUUGCAUACUCGCAAGAAGGCGAUCGCGAUCUUCUGGACCAUCUUCAUCAUCGACACCUUGGGCCAGCCGCUCAUUCUCUACUGGACACUAUGGUACCUCACCGAUCUGUCGCACAAUCUGGUCUUCUCGAUUGUAACGGCAUGCUUGGGAGGUGUCUCGGUGUUCGAGUACUUCUAUCGUUUACACAAUCUCUUCCGCAAGAGUUCACGCGCCCGGCCGCUGAAUGCGCGGAAAUCAUGGCUCGACUUCUUUCACAUUAACUUCACAAUCGUGUGGCUAAUUCUUGCUGUGGAACUCAUUGCAGGAACGGUGCCCGAAGAGCCUUAUGUGCGCCUCGUCGCCAUGGUUCUCCCGACUGUCAUGUUCUACUUCGGCAUCGUCCACCUCUCCCUCGAUAUCCUCCGCAUGGCCGGGUUCAAGGCUCCAUUCCGAAUCUCUUCCACACCUAAAGGAUCCGUCAUGCCCACCGCUCUGUACGCUCUCAUCGAAGAUGUCGUCGCCGUUGAUGGAGGUGGUGGUCAGAUAUACAGAUACGCUUUACGAACCCGGUACCUGUCCAGCCCCUAUUUCCGCCGGAUGCUCUUCGAAAUGAACUGUUUCUGGAGUGGAGGGUCCAUCAUCUUUGCAGCGGCCUUCACUGCCGUCAUUUUUACUGUUUCGGAGCCUGUCGCUUUCACGCUUGGCUGGACACUCCCCUUCGCUUGGGCUGGCGUCUGGACAUUGAUUACCAUCCCUUGGGUUCAAAGUGACCUGCGUCGUGAGAAGAAGGCGUGGGCAGAGAACCGAGGUCAAGGUGGCAUUCCAUGGACCGAUGAUAUCACUGCGCCGACAGCCCGUACCCGUUUCGAAUCCGUCCAGGAAGCCCUGCCCAGCCUUCUCCCCUGGGUCCGCGAGAAGCAGAGUGCUCCGUCUACACCGUCCGCUGAUGGUAUUGAUGGGAUUUCUCCCGAGGCCAACCCCGAAGCCAAGCCUGGGGGGCAGUCCAAUGUCGAUGGUGUGGAUGGCGUUGCCAAUGACACCCCCACACAGCGCUGA